AAAACAAAAGAAAAAAGUAAAAAGGUUGAAGCAAGAGACUGACUUUUAUCCAAAAAUGUGCUUGAAUUUUAAUUAAAAAACACGAAUUCUUCUUGACUUUCGUUUCAAAUCUAAAUCCUUCCUCGCAUAAACUCUUCCCUGAAUCAAAAACCCAUUCUAAUAAAAACAAAGACGAUCUCAAACACGCUUCUUCUUCUUCCUCAUUCCUCAAUCAUCCCUAAGACGUCACCUCACUUAAACCCAAUCCAACGCCGCCGAACCAAAAUCAACUUCUUCGGUUCUUCCCCAAUUCAAUACUACUUUCUGGGUCGUCGUUAAAUCCCUAAAUCUCUCUCUGUUGUUACCUUCCCAUGGGAUGGUCACUAAGAACUCUCAUAAGAGCAAUCUGGGCAUGACAAAGUCCAUGAAUUUCUUUCAGAACAUCAUUAAACCUUUCAAACGCAGCUCCAAUCGAGGUCUUGAAGAUGAUAUUGAGCGAAUUGCUGCUAUGGAGCAAAAAGUUUUCCCAUUUCAAGUUUUAGUUUCCGCUACCAAAGAUUUUCACCCGACCCAUAAACUCGGUGAAGGUGGUUUCGGUCCCGUCUUCAAGGGAAGAUUACCUGACGGGAGAGACAUAGCAGUGAAGAAGCUAUCUCAGGUUUCAAGGCAAGGCAAAAACGAGUUUGUGAACGAGGCUAAGUUGUUGGCUAAAGUUCAGCAUCGCAAUGUUGUUAAUCUUUGGGGUUAUUGUACACAUGGAGAUGAUAAGCUCUUGGUUUAUGAGUAUGUCGUUAAUGAGAGCCUCGACAAGGUCCUCUUCAAAUCCAACAGAAAAUCGGAGAUAGAUUGGAAGCAGAGGUUUGAGAUCAUAACAGGCAUUGCUCGAGGACUGCUCUAUCUACAUGAAGACGCGCCAAACUGCAUCAUCCACAGGGAUAUUAAGGCUGGCAAUAUUUUGCUGGAUGAAAAAUGGGUUCCUAAGAUUGCAGAUUUUGGGAUGGCUAGACUCUAUCAGGAAGAUGUAACACAUGUCAACACUCGUGUUGCAGGAACCAAUGGUUAUAUGGCGCCAGAGUACGUAAUGCACGGGGUUCUAUCGGUAAAGGCAGACGUAUUCAGCUUUGGGGUUUUGGUUCUGGAGCUCGUAAGUGGACAGAAGAACUCGAGUUUUAGCAUGAGACACCCUGACCAGACUCUUCUUGAAUGGGCAUUUAAGUUGUACAAGAAAGGCCGGACCAUGGAGAUACUAGACCAAGAUAUAGCAGCUUCAGCUGAUCCAGAUCAAGUCAAACUCUGUGUACAGAUCGGACUACUCUGCGUUCAAGGCGAUCCGCAUCAAAGACCGAGCAUGAGACGGGUAUCUCUACUUCUCUCUAGAAAACCAGGACAUCUAGAAGAACCGGAUCAUCCUGGUGUCCCGGGAUCUAGAUACCGUCGGCGAACACAACGUCCUUCAGGAGCAGCAUCACUUGGAACAUUGUCGACCACUGGUUCCAGCACAGAUUCUUUCGGUUCAAACCUGAACACAAACACGGGAACUGGUGUUAGAGGUACCCCCGCAUCUUCUAAAGCUUCAACUCGGAGUAAUGCCACUAGAAGUGCUGGUCAGAGCUCUAGCUCAGACCCUCACGGGAAACGACAUAUGAGUUAUUGAAGUACAUAAAAUCUGGUCAUAGGUGAUUGUAAAUAGCGAGCUGCAUAUAUAAUAUUUGUUUCAUAAUUUAUUUAAUUUUGCUUUUGAAAAGUAAAUUAAUUUAUUUUUUUGACUGCAGUAGUGAUUUAGUUUUGUAGUAUGAUUUGUUAUAUUAGCGGGAAAAAAUUAUGAUUCAUUUGUUACAUUUGUAUAUUAGAAUAAUCACUUGUAGUCCCAUUAUCUAGGUCCCCACUAUUGGCCUCGUACGUAUAAAAGCAUAUUCUCUUGUACGUAUUAACGGUACC